UCGGGGGAAAGUUUGCAGUGCGCUGACGGACUUUGGGCGAGUUGACUUGUCUUCACCGUCAGACGCGAGCGAACCCGUGUGCGCUCCCGGAACCAGCCUGUCGCGUCCGUCCGCUCCGCAGACUCACGCACGGCCGAAGGACCGCGUCAUACAUGCAGACAACAGACACACAAACACACCACCGCCAGCACCAAGUUUCUCUUAACCGAACACCGCAGACUUUGUGCGCGACGCUGCCCGAAUUCGGCGAUAGUUGGCGAGCUGCGUGCGGGAGUGAAAUGGAUGUUAUUCCGAUGUGCAGCAUCUUCCAGGAGCUCCAGAUCGUACACGACACCGGAUACUUCUCGGCUCUGCCGUCCCUGGAGGAGUACUGGCAGCAGACAUGCCUGGAGCUGGAGAGGUACCUCCAGAGCGAGCCCUACGUCUCAGCCUCCGACCUCAAGUUUGAGGGCCAGGAAGACCUGUGGAGCAAGCUGGUGCUGGCCUGCGGGGACAAGUCGGGCGAGUCGGACCCUAAGAUCCCCAGCGUGAAGUUGGAGGACGAUGGCCCGGACGCCCAGCACCUCCUGGACGCCGGUGGCUUCCACUCGGACGCCAGCAGCGAGGCCUCGGAUAGCUCCGAGGAGCUCUCGCCCACCCUCGACUUCCCCACCAACCCGCUGAGCGACAUCCUGGGCGACGGCGUGGAGGACCUGGGCUCCACCGUCAUCAGCACCCCGCCCUCCUCGCCCGAGGCGGGGAAGGAGGGCUCCGGCCUGGUGCCAGCGUGGAGCGGGAUACAGACUGUGCUGCACUCGCCCGGCAAAAUACGGACAGCGGGAGGGGGCAUAGGGCGGGCUGUGGAGCGGUCGGGGCUGACCAACGGGGAGGCUUCGCCCGAUGGGAGGAAGCGGGUGCACAGGUGUCACUUCAACGGAUGCAGGAAGGUGUACACCAAGAGCUCCCACCUCAAAGCACACCAGCGCACGCACACAGGUGAGAAGCCUUACAGGUGCUCGUGGGAGGGCUGCGCGUGGCGCUUUGCACGAAGUGAUGAACUCACCAGACACUUCAGGAAGCACACCGGAGCAAAGCCAUUCAAAUGCAGUCACUGUGACAGGUGUUUCUCGCGCUCUGACCACCUGGCGCUGCACAUGAAGAGGCAUAUCUAAGAUGGCCGCCAGUCCCAGAGUACCGAGCGAGAAAUCUGGUUGUUGUGUCCUGACCUGCGGGGAACAGAGAGGCCGGGGUGUCCUUCCCUUUUCCAGACACGAGGGGCACCGCUGUGUUCCAGUCAGUGCAGGAAAAUAAAAAGUAAAAAAAAAAAACCAACAGCAGGCCAUUAUUUUGCACCAUACCUAGUGCCUCCCACACCCAGCUGUGGAGAUUGCUCUUGAAAGCGCAGCAUUUACGGAGGAGGAGAAGGGGUGGAAGAACUGGAAAAGAUCUGGGCUGAAGGUGACAGACAGAGACACUCUCCCGUAUGGUGUUUGACGCUUUUUUUUCAAUGGAGGAUUAUGGGACUCUUGCCAGGGGGUGCCACUCCUCCAUUGACAGUGUGCUUGCCUGUGCGCAUGAUGACUGCGAGUGCCUGCGACUGGAUGCCCUGUGUGCCGGCUUACGGAUCGGAUGGAGCUUGCGUUGUGGAAUGGCGAGUGAAUGGCACGGAGUGUUGGGGG